GGAGGAGACUAAGAGGGCCAGGCGUGGGAGCACCUGAGAACGAAACUCGCUCUUCCCGUGUGGUCUCGACCCAAGUUCAAUCGAGAACCCGAGUCUCGUGGUUGCUUUUGGCCGGACGGUCGCGGGAUCAUCUUUCCCUGGGCUCUGAGCGAUGGCGGCGCUGUGGCCCGCCCCUGCACCCGAGAACCCAGAUGACAAGCGCGAUAGAGCCGCAGGGCUGGGACAGCGCCCGGUGCCCCGCUGCCGGCGCUCAGUGCACAGGCCGGGGAGCGCGUCCCGCAGCGGCGGGCCAGCGCUCGGGGCCGCCUCCUCUCAGACCCCGCGGGACUGGGAUCGUUGCACAAGGCCCUCCUCCCGGUCAAGGUGGAGGAAGUUGCCGGAGAGGCGGGAGGGGGGCAGCGCCUGUUGUUUUCCGCCAGCCGGGCGGGCUGGGCGCAGGGGCGGGGCGCGCGCCCCAGAGGCGAUCGUCGGGGCUCGGCCGGAGCAUCCUAGCCGGGGAGCCCCUCGCCGCGGGCCAGGGAGCCCCAAGAGCCUGGUGCACCCGGAGCUCCGCGCUUUCCCGGGAGUAGAUCUCCGGAGCGAUGGCCGGAUUGCGCGUCCUGCUGUGCCUCGGGGCGCUGCUGGCCCGCCAGGGCUCCGCAGACUCAGAGGCUGUGGCUAUCGGCGAAGUCCACGAAAAUGUUACUCUACGCUGUGGCAGCUUGUCAGGAUCCAGGGGCCUGGUGACCUGGUACCGGAAUGACUCCGAGCCCGCCUUCCUGGUCUCCUCCAAUUCCAGCCUCCCUCCGGCUGCACCCCGUUUCUCUCUAGAGGAUGCAGGUGCCCUGCGCAUUGAGGCGCUGAGACUGGAGGAUGACGGCAACUACACCUGCCGAGAGGUUCUGAACGAGACCCACUGGUUCCCUGUGCGGCUUCGGGUGGCCAGUGGCCCCACCCACAUUGACGUCAACAUCUCAGCCACUGGCGCCCUCCCCAACGGCACCCUGUAUGCAGCAAGGGGCUCUCAGGUGGACUUCAGCUGCUGCAGCGCCGCACAGCCUCCGCCCGAGGUGGAGUGGUGGAUCCAGACCCACAGCAGCGUCUCCGAGUCCUUGGGAAAGAACCUGUCGGCCAACAGCUUCACUCUGAUGCUGAUGUCCAAGAACCUCCAAGGCAACUACACUUGCUCAGCCACCAACGUGCUCAGCAGGAGACAGCGAAAGGUGACCACCGAGCUCCUGGUCUACUGGCCCCCUCCGUCAGCUCCUCAGUGCUCGGCGGGGUUGUCUCCAGAAUCGGCUAACCUGGAACUCAGCUGUAACUGGGAUGGGGGAUACCCUGACCCGACCUUCCUGUGGACUGAGGAGCCUGGAGGAGUGGUCGUGGGGAAUUCAAAGCUGCAAACCCUGAGCCCGUCGCAGCUGUCGGAGGGCAAGAAGUUUAAAUGUGUUGGGAGCCACAUACUGGGACCAGAGUCUGGAGCCAGCUGCGUGGUACAGAUCUCAAGCCCCUUACUUGCAUCUCGGCCCAUGAAAACUUGCUUGGUGGGGGGCGAUGUGACGCUCACCUGCCAAGUGGAGGGAGCCAACCCACCUGCAAGGAUCCAGUGGCUGAGGAACCUCACGCAGCCGGAGAGAGCCAUCCAGCCCAGCAGCCGCUAUGUCAUUACCCAGCAGGGCCAGAGCUCCUCUCUCACCAUCCACAACUGCUCCCAGGACCAGGAUGGAGGCUUUUACUUCUGCCGGGCCGAGAACCCUGUUGGAGUGAGGGCCGCAGAUAUCUGGCUGAGUGUUAAAGAACCUCUGAACGUCGGGGGCAUCGUGGGCACUGUGGUGAGCCUCCUCCUGCUGGGUCUGGCCAUCGUUUCGGGCCUCAUGCUUUAUUACAGCCCUGCUUUCUGCCGGAAGGCAGGGAGCACGCUCAGGGGACAGGACAUGGGUGACGUCAUGGUUUUGGUGGAUUCGGAAGAGGAGGAGGAAGAGGAGGAAGACAAGGGAGCUGUUGCUGAAGUGGUGGGGCAGGAGACGAGGGAGACGGAGGAGGAGUUGCCGAAAGAGAUAGGCAAGCAUGGACACAUUCACAGGGUGACUGCUCUGGUCAACGGGAACUUAGACCGCAUGGGGAACGGACUGCAGGAGUUUCAGGAUGACAGUGACGGACAGCAAAGCGACAUUGUUGAAGAGGAAGACAAACCAGUCUGAUGAAGAGGAUGCUCCACUGUCAGUGUCUUCUUGCAAGUUCGGUCUGUUUUGGCUGCCCCCUCACCGUGCUGCCCAGAGGAGCUUGUUAGGGACUGCUGGGGUCUCUGCAGCAGACACCACAUCCCUCCUUCCCUUAUCUCCCACUGCUUUCAUUUGGUGUGGGUCACCUCAGCGGUGUGAAGUGCACUGGGAAGGAGCAGCCCGUGUGGGGCGAAGCUGCAGUGGUGUCUGAGGGGACACUUGUCUGUGACACCUGGCCCUACCCAGGUCAUUUACGUGACACACUGAUUGGGGGCCGGGGACGGGUGGGGGGCUUGGUACCUGUGCACUGUGCCACUACUCAAGGUUUGUAGCCUGCUUACCCAACACGAAUAUGGAAGCGGGGCUUUUUAAUCACCGUUGAGGUGAGGAACCAGGCACCUUCUGGGCAGAGGGGAGGUGGCAGCUACCAGAAGACAGUUGCAUUGGGCCUGGGAGUCAGACUGAGGCUUGAAUUCUUGUUUUGCAUCACCUGUGAAGAAGUACCAGCUUUCCAAGCUCCUGAGAGAUGGAGAAGGUAGUUCAGGGUGUAGGAGUGCCCAGGGAGGGGUUCCAAAGAGCUACUGCAGGAGCCUUCUUUGUAGAUUCUCAGUUCCCCCCCACCCCAACUAUGCUUUUUCCCCUAGAGGGGUGCACCUUUCCUUAUAGCCUUCAUGGAGUACAGAGCAGAGCCGAGUAUGGUUAUAGAAGCCUGCUACAUAGUGGGCCUAAGGCUUCUCUUCCCUCGUGUGUCCUGUGCUAUAAGCAAGAGAAACAUUUCCUAACAGCAUCACUGGGUAUGAACUGGACAGAUGGUCCACUCGGCCUCAAUGUCUGUGUGUUGGAAAUGGGAGUGUGUGUUUCCAUCCUACUUACUAGGACAUGUUUCAAAAGAAAAUAGUGGGUGAUGACGUCAGCUUGGGACACCUAGGUUCUGGGGAUUUUUACUUUAUUAUUAUUUUUUUAAAUUUCAUCUAAACGUUCUGAAGUCAGGGAUCUUCUAAGGGUGCAAUAAGUCUGUGCUAACCAUGAAAAUCUGACUUGAAAUUUGCACUCUAUAUUUUGUGCACAUCCUGCUCAAACAGGACACGAUCUAAGGCUUUAUGGACCUCCUAAUGCUGGGGCCCAAGAUUCCUGAGGAGUCUGGUUAACAGAAGUACCUGCACGGUGGGGAGGGGCUCUCUGUUCUCUCUGAGUGCAGGGACUGCAGUGAAGAAACCACUCCUGGUGUGGCCCAUCCAUUGGAGCCCUUGGGAAUAGCUGUGAAGUGCAGUUCUCUUGCUUUGUGGUGCCUCAAGCACUGGAUCCAUUACUCUGGAUCUGUCAUUUCACAGCGGGCUACUCAGGUUGCCGUCAGUCCUGGGAGCUGGCCUUUCCUUUGAGGCCCCAUGAUAGAGUUCCUGAGUUUGUCUGCGACUCAGGGGCAACUUUAAAAGGGAAGUCAGAUGGGAAGUUGCUAGCUGGGAACAGGGUGAACGUUCGUGAGAUCACUCGGUGCUUCCCACAGCUUCCUCUCUGUGCACACCUGGCGGCAGGAAAUGUUUGAGGGUUUUUCCACUAGCAUAUGGGAGCUUCAAGGGCUUGGUGCCAAAUGCUGUUCUGAUACCCUGGCCAGUUAUCAUUGUCGCUUUUCUUAGCCUGUGUGCACAUUUAUAAAAUGGCAGGUUCACAUAAGAGCCCAGGCACUCAAGGGCUUAAAGGAUUUGUGAAAAACUGGAGCCCACAUCCCCUCUUUCCCUUAGUGAGAUCCAUACCCAGAUCUCAAGGCAUUAUAGGUUAAAGGUGUUACGUGGGAAAGUACAACUUGUGUGUUGCUCUUUAAAAAAUAAUUCUUAUCUGCACGCAUUAGUUAACUCAAGAGAUCCACUUGUUAGAAGUAGGAAGAAAACCGCCUCAUGGUCGUUUUAAUCACAUUGAUUUCCCUCAAAAUCCAGUAGUCAUGGGAAACGGGCUCUGCACGCCUGUGGCUUUGGCAUUAGCUCCAUUUCUCACAAUCAUAGAAGGAUGCGUCAUCUUCACUGGGUACAGCUUUGUACACUAAGUGCCAAUCGCAUUUCUCACCACAGGACUGCCUACCGGCUGCUGCAAAGGAAAACCGCAGGCGGUUCAACGUGGUUGACCUUACCAUUUCAAAGGGGAAAUUUGGGUGGAAUUAGUUCUAAGGUUAUAAAUUUUUCAGACUUUGGAAUAAAGGAUAAAGUUACUUUUUUAAAC